CUGGAAGUGGGAGGAGUGACGGUCGGGCAUUUCCACGCAAAAUGAUCAAAAUGAUUUGACCUGCCCCCCGCGCGUCAGCUCAGGCAGAAGCAAGAAAUAUGUGCACGCCAACUCCUCCAGACCGAUCAUCUUCACCGUCUUUCUGUAGGCUCUCAGUCUGAUUGAUCAGUCGAUUUUGGCGCUCUCUCUUAGGGGGUUUGCACCCUCAAUAGUACCUUUCCAUCGUCUCGUAGAAUGACUUGAGAUUUUCCCACCGCCGCCAGCGCCAUGAGAAGAGCCUCAACAACAGGAAAAGAAUCAGGAACCAGAACAACCAACUCGUCGGCACAGCGCCUGCCCGUUAACCACCGACGUCACAAAGUCGCGCCAGAGCAGCGGAAGCGAGUCUCCACCGCGUGCAACAGCUGCAAUGUGAGGCGCAUCAAGUGCUCGGGCGAAAGGCCGUGUCUGCAAUGCCGCAAUGGGUCCCGGGAGUGCCAGUAUCCCGUUGUCGUCGAAAAGAUAGCCGUCCCGCGCACCGACCUCGAGGAGCUCACUGCCAAAUGCAAGCGGCUCGAGGCGUGUCUGGAGUUGGCUAUCCCUGACGAGGCGAGUCGGCGUGACCUCAUGGCCCGCACUGGAGCUGCUGCUUUUUCAAACUCAGGAGGCAGCACAACGGCGACGACGACAGCAGGAGCACCAGCACCAGCAUCAGCACCAGCAAUGGGACCGAAUGAUGCCCAAGAAGACGAGUCGGCUCAGGAGGGCCGAAUGCUCUACGACCCUGACGGCACUCAACGCUACCUAGGCCCUACUUCGGGUGCCGCUUUUCUCGAUUUAAUCAAAGAGUUCAUGAACACCAUGUUCCCCCUCGCAUGGCCUGGCUCGCAGAAUCUAGAGGGCACCUUCUUGGGCUCCCUGGGACGCUACCAAACUUUUGACUCCCAGCCCCUGGUGGUUCACGAUGUCGACCCGUUCUGGCUACCAAUAAAGACCGAGGUCACAGUCAUGAUCACACAGCUUCGGUACUUCGUCCAGGACGGAAGCGGCGAUUUCUUGUCGGGUGGCAUUUAUUACUGGGGCGACCUAGACCCGUCCUUCUUCGACUCCAAGGAGCCCCUAGACUCAUCCGCUGCCGACCCACGCACACUACGCCAGCUCGCCCUAUUCCACGCCGCUUUUGCUAUGGCAUGUUUGCUUGAGCCGCCGGGGGACAACAUCAGUAGUGCGCAACGAAACGAGGCCUUCUUCGCAAGAGCCCGACUCCUUUUGGGAAACCCGUUGGAUACGAACACGAACACGGUGCACGACAUCUCCGUUCUCGCCAUGAUGAGUAUAUAUCUCGUCGAGAUGAACCGGCGGGAUGCGGCCUACAUGUACGUAAGCCUGGGCAUGCAAAUCGCUGUCAUGCACGGCGUACAUUGCGGCUGGGUGGACGAGCUGGGAAAGCGCACCUUCUGGACCCUGUACAUCAUAGAUCGGUGGCUGAGUGUGUUGAUGGGCCGACCCCCGGCCGUUGCAGACGAGGCAAUUCGACUGGCCAUGCCCACCGAAAUUGUGGGCCUCCCCUCAGCUGUGGGCCUCCGAGCACAUGUAGAACUGGCCAAGAUAUCUGGGUACAUUGUCUGCAAUACAUAUCGAAUUGCCCCAUGCCCGUGGGAGCGCCAGACGGCAGACGCGUCGUAUCGUAUUGAUAACGCGCUGGGUUGGCUUACGGGCUGGGCGGCCAAGCUUCCUCCCCAGCUUCAACUCCCCGACGCUGGUUUCACGAGUGACAGAGCAUGCUGUGAGCUGCACAUGGCAUACAAUCAGCUGUUGAUCCUUACCAUCCGGCCCAUCUUUUUCAUGGCGGUGAAGAGAGCCGUGGCCGAGCGCUUGACCAACCGCUGUUGGAGUCUCGAAACACAUCCCCAUAUCAAGUACCUCAGGGUUUGUAGCGAUGCGGCCCGUAGGAACCUGAGGCUAGGUCGCUGGGUUCGUGACUUGAUGCCUUCGCGGAAAAUGCUAUUAACCAGUUUACACAACAUCUUCAAUGCGGCCAUCAUCCUGCUGUUGCAUCAGCUGCUGUUCGACAGACUCGAGGAACACGAUACGCAAGGUGUCAGCUUUGUCGUCGAGUGCUUCGAUGCCGAGGCGACGGGCGAGAAUCAUUACCCCAAAGACUGCGCCCGGGUUCUUCGGGGCUUGGGCUCAUUAGUCCAUCGUCUUCGCAACCAGAAACAUGACGGUUCGUCGCUGGGGAGCAGUCCAACUUCCAUUGUUCCCCCGUCUUCACAGGUUCAACAUCCGGCUGCGAUAACGGCGUAUGAUGUCGGCUUCAUCCUCAAUCCUGAAGUCCCCAAACAGAUUGAGACCCAACAAGCACAACAGCCGUCCACGGCCGGUGCUCUAUACCACGAACUGUCCAACUGGAUGGACCACGACGACUUGCAGUUGUAUAACAACUACUUGGUUUGACGCAACCUAAAAUAAAAUCGCACCUGGCGGAGAUGGAAGUCGGUUGCUUAUCGAAAUAGUCUAAACCAUCAGUACCCCACCUGUCAGCCCAGCACCCAGUUUCCGACGCUCAGAUCACGGUACUGCGUCGGUGAAUCAGCGUGUCCAGUGAGGACCACCACGUUCUAUGAGCACCGGUCACGCUGAUGGUAAUCCUGUGUCUAAGGCCACGUGUCUGCAGCAGAGAUUGGUUCAUACGUUAACAUCAACAAUGGAGGCCGUUCGUUCACUGUGCUCUUUUGAAGGAAUUUAGCAGUAGUCCGAUCCCUGGUGCCAGGUUGGGGGCUGAGGUGAUUAAGGUUAGAUCUGGGGUCCAUGGGACUAGACCAACCCACAAUGUUUCUU